AUGGCGGAUGCGGAUAGGCCAGAGAAAGAUUCCGGCGGCGGCGAAGAAACGAAGUACCGCGGCGUGAGGAAGAGGCCGUGGGGGAAGUAUGGAGCCGAGAUAAGGGAUCCAUCGAAGCCUACCGGAAGGAUGUGGCUUGGGACAUUCGACACGGCUGAGGAAGCCGCCAGAGCUUAUGAUCGAGCCGCCAUUGCUUUAAGAGGUGGCCUUGCCAUCCUUAAUUUUCCGGAUGAAUAUCAUUCUCAUCUCCCAUUUAUAGCUUCUUCUUCUUCUUCUUAUUAUUCUUCUACUUCUACUUCCACUUCCAUUGGAUCAAGUUCUUCUUCUUCCAGUGCACAACAACGUAGGGAAGUUAUUGAGCUUGAAUGUUUGGACAAUAAGGUUUUGGAGGAUCUUCUUGAAGAAGAAGAAAGGAACAGAAGGAAAUACUAA